UGGGGGAUCCGCCUGAGGGCGGGUGGAUGUGGGAUGGGCCGUGCAGAGCCACGGUCCCUCCACCAUCCUUCCCUGGGGAAGGAAGAGGGGCCGGGGCCAGGACAAUGGGCUGUGGCGCUGACUCAAACAGCCAGUUCCUGGUCGCUUCCUCUCCCCGCUGGAGCUGGAGGCAGCGAGGACGGGGAAGCUCAGUGCUCUCGGUGCGGUUUGAGGCAGCAGCUCCUGGGUGGCCGGAGCGAGCGGCUUCCCCCAGCACUCAGAGCCAUGGCCAAGGUGGAGUGGCUCCUGGCACCCUGGCACCGGGCAGCCACCUCUAACCUGGACCUCGAGAGCAAGAAAGCCGCCCCCGCCAAGCUGCCAUGGCAGCAGCCCGUGAACGUGUUCCUGGCAGCUGGGCGCCCACCGGGCAUGGAGCAGCUGCACCAGGAGGCCCAGCUCAACCUCCAGAGCUUGCUGCAAGAGGAGUAUGAGGAGCAGUACACCGAGAGCAGGGUCACCGGGCAGACCUUCCGUGCUGCUGGUCACCUGCCCCCCGACACCUCCCCUGAACCGUCACCUCGACCCCCACCUGCCAAGCGCCUUGAGUUCGUGCUUAUGCCCCCGAGCCAGCGAGCGGCCGAAGAGGAGAGCACCAGCAGCGCUGUGCUCGGUGCUCGGCCUCCUGACACCUCCCUGAGCCUCCCCACCAGCCCGGACAAGCAGCCCCCCUGGCCCAGGGCCUUCCCCCUGCCCCCCGUGGAGGAGAAGCAGUGGCAGCAGCCCGGCUCCAUCCAGACCAACAUUGUCCCCAUCAAUGUCUCGGGGCAGCACUUUGCUAGGCACGCGAGUGCUCGUCACUCCCUGUUUAACACAGAGACCGCGAUGAACCCCAAGUCCACCCUGCGGCGUAGACGGACCAUUAUUGGAUUCCCUAACCCGUCCCUGCGAGACCAAGGCAGUGCCAACGGCCCCACAUCCAGCACACGCGCGCCCAUCGCCGAGUCCCUGUCCUGCAGCUUCGUGCCCGAGACCACGAGCGGGGGGACGCCCCAGGAGAUCAGCCCUCGUCCGCCCCUCUCGGCCCCGCUGAGGAAGACCUUCAGUGACCUCGGGGCCCGCUGCUGCCAGCCGCCUGCUGCCAUGGAUGGGGCAGCCAGCCCCUGUGCCAGUGCCUGCAAUGGGACACAGGGCACCCCUUUCUCCCCGCCCUGGAGCCCCCUGGGUUAUGGGAGCCCCUCCAGCCUCACCACUGGCCCGGGCAAGGGGCCCACCUGCGCCUCGCCGGGCGGCUCCGUCACAUCGCCCGGCCCGGGUUCCCCCGCCGCCUCCACCUCCUUCUUCAUCACCACAGAAGAGCGCGUGGGCAGCAAUGGGCCCAGCUUCUUCUCUGGCCCAGGGCCCGCUUCCCCCGCCGGCUCCGGCUGCAUCCAGGGAGCCAAGGGGGAUUUCUUGCCGGGAAGCCGAGAGGAGCCGGAGCCGGCGGCAGGGCCGGUGCAGCUGGAGGUGGAGCGGGCAGGGUGCCGCUUCCGUGAGCGCUCACUGUCGGUGCCCACCGACUCGGGGUCCCUCUGCUCCGUGGACAUCGCGUACGCCGAGACCCGGCGGGGCAGCGCCAACUAUGCCCUGGGCUACCCCAGCGCCAGCUCCGAGGGCAGCACCAGCACCGACAACAUCUCCCUGGGGCUGGAGCCCGAGGGGCAGCGGCGGCGGCGCUCCAAGAGCAUCUCCCUGAAGAAGGCCAAGAAGAAGCCCUCGCCACCCACACGCAGCGUCUCGCUGAUCAAAGAGGGGCAGGACGGUGACGUGGGGCUGAGCGCGGCGCUGCCCAAGGACCAGCGGCCCAAGAGCCUGUGCAUCCCACCGGAGCUCCAGGGCCACCGGCUGGUGCACGCCGACCCCCAGGGGAGUGCGGGCAGGGAGCCCAACAGCACAGCCGCCCCUCACCAGUGUCAUCUCACGGACUGGAGGGCCGGCAGCGAUCCCUACCAGUCCCUCUCUGGCUCAAGCACGACCACGGGGACCACGGCCGUUGAGUGUGCCAAGACACGGGGCAGCUCUGAGUCCCUCGUGUCCCCCUCAGUCUCCAGGGCCACGACGCCCUCCCAGCUCUCUGCCGAGGCAGACCUCAAGACCUCCUCGCCCGGCAGGCCCACAGGGCUGAUGUCCCCAUCCAGCGGGUACUCCAGUCAGUCGGAGACCCCAACCCCCACCGUACCCACCUCCACCAUCCUCGGGCAUUCCCCACACCAGGUGCGUGUGAGGCCGCUGGUCCCCGAGAGGAAAUCCUCUCUGCCCCCCACGUCCCCCAUGGAGAGGAGCCCCAAGGGCAGGCUGUCCUUCGACCUCCCACUGACUCCACCCGCCCACCUCGACCUCUCAGGGCUGAAGAUCUCCCUGAAGGGCAAGACGAAGGUCAGCCGGCACCACUCUGACUCCACCUUUGGCACCAAGCUGGCCCAGAAGACCAGUCCCAUCACACCCAUCAUGCCCGUGGUGACACAGUCCGACCUGCGCUCCGUCCGCCUCCGCUCCAUCAGCCGCUCGGAGCCAGAGGACAACGCCGAUGGCCCGGAGCACACGGAGGAGCCAGCACGCGUCCCCUGCCCGGGGCCGGAGAGGAAAGUGAAGCCACCCGUGGCAGAGAAGCCACCACUGGCCAGACGCCCCCCGUGCAUCCUGCCCAAGCCCCCAGUUCUGCGGGAGGAGGGUCCCUUGUCCCCCAAAUCCCCGCCAGGCACUGCUGCCAAGGAGAAGGGGCUGGCACAGGAGGCCGUUGUGGUGCUGCGGAGAGGGGAGCUGAGGAGGGGUCUGGGGGAGCCCCACUUGUCCCUGACCCCGGCGGGGCCCCGGCGGCUCUCGCAGGGCAGCCUGGACGAGCUGCGGCCAGAGCGGGGCGGUGCCGAGGGGGAGCGCAGGAAAGCCAAGGUGCCGCCGCCAGUGCCCAAAAAACCCAGCGUGCUGUACCUGCCGCUCAUGCCAGCCCCAGCACAGCUGGCAGCUGGUGUGGGGGACCUGCCACCCACCCCCAGCCCCAUCAUCACGCUGGACACCGAGCCCGCCUGCUGCGACCCUGACGCCGAGGAUCUGCCGUCCCCCAAGGCUGUGGGCAGCACGCCUGCCAGCGAGCCCGCCUCAGAGCAAGGCAGCUCAGCAGAAGCCAGCACGGAGGAGAAGAGCUUUGCCAGUGACAAGACGGCCGAGUCCAUCGUGGAGGAGGAUGAUGAGGUGUUCACAACGUCCCGCACCACAGAGGAUCUCUUCACGGUGAUCCACAGGUCGAAGAGGAAGGUCUUGGGGCGGAAAGAGCCUGGUGACACCUUCAGCAGCCGACCCACCUCCCACUCACCCGUAAAGACUUCAGGCUCCCCAGCUGGUGAGUCCCUGGCAGCAGCGGGCAGCAGUGGGAAGUCUUCCAGCAGGAAUGAGGAUUUUAAAGCCCUGCUCCAGAAGAAGAGCAGCAAAACCAGCCCCGGUACUCGGCCAUCUGCCGCCGAACUGCUCAAGACCACGAACCCACUGGCCCGGAGGGUCAUCACAGAGUUUGCCCCUGAGCUGGACGGUGCAAACAGCCCCAAAAGCCAGCCCUGACCACACAGGGGCCCCUCCAGCUGGAGGGGUGGCGAUGGCUGCAGAGGGAGCGCUGCUGCAAAGGGCUGUCCUGGCUGCUGGGGAGCCCCCGUAUCCUGCUGGGGGGUUCUUCUGCUUUUGUUCCUUACUUGGAGAGCUGCUGGCAGAGAGGCAGUGGCUGGAGCCCAAGCCCUCAUGACUCUGGGCCCUUCCCACGAGGGAAGAGGCUGGAACUGGCCCUGGCUGAGCCAGCUCCUGGGAUUGAAGGCGCCUGCCCAGGAAGCAGAACAGGAUCACCGCCCCCGGUGUUGCCCCAUGCCCGCAGCGAAGCAGCUUAGACUCUUUGGUCACUUCGGCAUGUGGUACUUUAAACAGCUUUUCUAAUGCACAGUGGUGGUGAUGUUUGA